AUGUUAAUCCUUUCUCAAUUUGCUUUGGAAAAACAAGUUUUUGGGGCUCAACGUAGGAGGUACCGAGCUCUUUGCCGCACCUAUCCGUUUAGCAUUGGACGUAGCUUUUGGUUAAAGGCUAAACUGGGAGGAAUGCAACAUCGAAUGAAGAAGAGACAGAGACCCACAAUCUCGAAGUCGAAGGAAGCGGAUGGAUCUCAAAACCCUAACCCUACACGUGGUCAGAUUGAUGAAGAAUCCAAGGUUUUGAAUGGUGUUUCAGAAGGAACUACUUCGCGUCCCAUACAGGUACACGUUGUUGGUGCAGAAAUCGUUGACGAAACAGAGGGUGCUACAAAUCUUUCAGGACAUGAUGAUGUUGAUGAUAGUAUUCACAACGUGAUGACAGUCAGUCUAGAAUAUCAGCUUGUGAAAAACGUACUGAUACUUCUAAAAACUAACCUUUUACAUGCUGCACUUAAUGCACGUAUUUUAAGUGAAGCAGGUCAAGAGCACGUGUUGAGGGUUAUCACCGGAUCUUCAAAAUCUAAAAAGGCGAUUGUUGAGUACUUAGAGACAGAAAACAUUGCAUGGAGAGAAGAGAAUGACAAAACAAUCUUGCGGAUUAAAAUCAAUGGUAACCAAAAGUUUGAGUUGAUGAGAAUCAGUCUACGUGGACUGCAUGUGGAUCAUGCAAUGGAGCUUCUGAAACCUCUCGUGUCAUUAGCUGCCUUUGGUGGAGUUCUGGGGGAAUUGAAAGUUGUGACUGGAUCUGAGAGGAGUUCAAACAUUAAGAGGACGGUUAUUGAGUAUUUGGAGAGAGAGAAGAUGGAAUGGAAAGAAGAAAACAAAGCAACUUUGUGCGUUAGAAGUAUCUCUUGGUUAAAAGCUAAAUUGGGAAGAAUGAAGCAUCACAACCUUCAACCUCAAAAAAUCGUCGAGACACCUUCGAGUUCGAGUGUCAAUGGGGACGAUGAUUCUGCAGAAAGAUUUGGGAAUUUAACAGAAAUAGAGGUUGCUUCAGAUCAUUCAGAAGAUGAAGAUGAUGACGACGCUUACAAUGUGUAUACAAUCAGUCUUGAGUAUCAGCUUGUGAUACACACAGAUAUUUCUAAAAUGUUUCCUUUUAUAUUCUGCAUUUAG